CGGCUCGGUGACGCGCAGUCGCAGUGUUAGUGUGUCCUGCCGCCCCGCCCCCAGCAUGCGCACUGUGAGUGUGGAAUGGCUUCCUAAACAGGAAGGGACGAGCUGCGGAGUGAGUAUCACGGGUUAAUAUUCACAUGUUUCUGCCUGGCUUUAUUCUAUCCGGCCCGCGGGCCGCCCCCUGUGCGCUGUGUUAUGGCGUUAUGUGGCUGCUAUGAGAGCAGACAUGCAGUGCGCGCUCUCUGUGUGUUAGACGGGACCGCUCGCUACAUGCCGGUAUGUUACAUGGACACCGGGCGGGGUGUGCGGGGGGGGUUACCCGGCUGGGCGAGGGCUGCACUGCCUACCGGCUCUGCAUAAUCUCUGCUGUGCUGUUUUUCUGGCUUUCAUGCUGUUUCCCUGAAUUGUGUGUGUGUGUGUCUGUGUGUUUGUCUGGGCUGUUGCAGAAAGAGAGUGUCUUGAUGCAUUGUUAGCCUCAGAUUGGUUUAAGUAACUACACCACUUCAUUGUCAUCGCAUGCAGCCCCUCUUUUCUCGGACAAUGUAAGUUGUUCCUAAGAAAAGUCAAUGUUUACAUUCGGAAUAGAAUGUCUAGUGAUGGUCAGUCUGCCACCAGAGUCACUUUAUUCCUAAACGCAUUCUAUCCUUGCUUUCUGACAAAUCUAAACAGUCAUUUCUGAGAGGCAACACUGUUUACAUUUGGAAGAGAACACGCCUCCAGGGGCUGUCAGACACCUUCCACUGCACCACAUGGCCACUAAACACUAAGCGGAGAUGUUACCUUUGGGGAUUUUUUUAUUUUAUUUUUUGUUUUAAGACCCACAGUGGCUGCUAUUUUCAUGUAGAAUUUUCAUUUGAAAAUGUUGCAGUAGCCUGGAUUAUUCUCUCAGCUUUAUAAAAGCAAAAUAGAGGACUGGGGAAGGAAUGUGACAUAAAAUUCAGUCUACCUCCGCAAAUAUGUUACUGUGAGGUAUUCAAUAAUGUUUCACUUUUAAACCUUUCCAUUAUUAUAUGUUGUAGUAAUUAUAGUCUAAAAACAAUUCUAGUUUAAUAACAUCCAACAAGUAGUUUUCAUGUAAAAUAAAACAUGAAAUUGCUAACCACAAUGCCAGAUAGCGCUUCGUUUUUAUUUGUCUCACUUGUUGUCCAUCUGCAUAGAAAACAUUUGUACAGGUAAUGCAUUUUGCUCAUAUAAAAUGAAUGAUAAGCCACCAUCUAAAUGCUUGGCAUAUGCUUUAAUAUAGUGUAUAAUAAAAACAUUGGAUUAUUAGUGUUUAAAAAAAAAAAUACAAGCCAUAGUGAACUUUUUAAGUUAGCUUUUGAGUUGUGCAAAAUUAUGGUAACCUUUUAAUUCUUUAUAUAUGCAUUUUAUAAGUGUUAUCUGAAUGUUGUUCUUAACACUCUGUUAUCUUUAUAAUCUUCAAAAUACCAUAUUUAAAAAAGCCUUUGUUUCUGUUUUUCAGUGUAGUUGAUUCCGGCUUUCACCUCUGCUUAGGAGGGUUUAGUGAUCAUCAUCAUCAUCAUCAUGAUGCCCGGGGAGACUCAUUCCAAGCCAGCUGGCAUUGCUUCUGAGGCAACAGGAACCUGUCAGAAUUGUACUGCCAUGCAACAGGUAGAGCAAACAGAACUUGUUCUAUGAGUGGAAUCUUACUCCAUUCAUGGGAUACUUGUGUGAACCUAUAGUAUUUAAGACUUUUAAUGAUAAUUAUGGUAAAUGAGACUUUUUUUUAGUAGAAAUGUGCACUUUCAUAAAUUAACCAUUUUGCACUCCCUUGGUUGUCAAUCAGGCAACUGGCCCUGUUCCUUCCUGGUUGUUUAGUUCAGUGGGCCUAAACUUGAGAGGCAGGCAAUUGCCCAGAGCACGUGCUUUCCAAAAAAUUCUAACCCAGCUGCGUUUGGAAGUUAGGGCUGGGUUAGGAGACAACUUGCAAGGCUGCAAAUGAGAUCUGCAGCUUUGCAACACUUUUUUAUUUUUUUUUAUUUUUUUUUAUACACACUAAUCACAACCUCUUAAGUAUUGAUUCCCUGACAUACAAGCAAUGUGAACUAACUACACUUUAUCUUAUUUAGUCAUUUAAUUAGUGUAAAUGAUAAACAUUACAAAUUCACUUGUGCAAAACUCCUGAGAGGUCUGUUAACAUUGCCUCUAAAAAAAUAAAUUAAAAAGACACCUGUUUCUUAUGAGCAUCAUCAAUGCACUUGACUGUCCUUAACCGUCAACCUUUGAUGUAAUCAUUUACUCUACAAAAGUGUAUUUUAUUUAUUUUUACGCUAACCUUGAGAUAUAAGCUCGGUACUGCAAUGUUAACAGUGAGAACAGAGUUUAGGACAAUAACAUUUUCUGCUUUAGGCAGAAAAGGGGUUAGUGAAAUUUGUUUUAUCACUUACUAUCGUUCGAUAAAAGCACUUUUUUUAUCAAUUGGUUACCAAUAUGUUUGUUGGUUUUUGCGUUUGGUAAUAUAUUGUAUUUUUAAACAAAUGAAUAAUAUAUGCUCCUCUUUUGAAAUUUUCAGAAUUUAAAUGAAUAUGUAGCAGCUUUGAUUGUUCUCAAGCAAAAGAUAAUUGAUUCAGAGUAAGUUUUUAUAUAAAUUUAUAAAUGUUUGUUUUAGCAUGGUUUACUUUUUUGGAUUCCACAACACUUCAAUAUAUCCUUUUUUAUUUUUUAUGGUAAUUUACAAAAGUUGUAGUGUGUGUGUGUGUGCGUAUGUGUGUGCGUGUGUGUACAUACUUGCAUAUGCUGCAGUCACUGGCUUUGAUUGCAGGUUGCUGUUGUGAUCAACAGUUCACUUGUUUUUAAACAUUGAGGGUAUUUAACAAUGCAAAACAGGUGCUAUUCUGAGGCAAAAUUAGAAGUAAGGACCAACCACCUUGGAAACCAAUAGAACCAUUCUUAAAAUUUCGCAUUGUGAGUAAAAUAAAGCACAUAUUUUUCCAAGAUAAAUCUCACUAUUAUGGUUUGAAUUAAUUUUCCAAGUUUGUCUGUACAAAGAAUAUACAAUCACCUCAAAAUAAAAGUUUGAGUAGCAUGGGGAAAAAGGCUUGCAAAGUAGUUGUUACAAAAAAUAUCACCAACUCUGUUAUUGGCAUGAAUUUUACUGUUUAGUUUUCAGUUUACCAUAAUUCACUUAGUGAAUAAACCACUAGGUAUGUGUUAGGAAUCGACCAAUAUAUACUUUUAUGUGCCAAUACCAAUUAGUGGUGGCCAUUGAUGCGAUAUCUGGUACUGAUAUUCUCCCUCACCUCCCACCCUCCCUGCCAUUUACCUGUGGCCAGGGAGGUGGACAUUACACUCCCUGGUGGUAAGUGGCUUUGUGCCGGCUGCCGGGGGUUUCACAUUGUAAAGGAGACGGCUGGAUGCAGCAAACAAUAUCUAUUUCCAGCAGGUCUUUCUUCAACUCUUGCGAGCCUGGUAUGCCGCCUAGAGCGUUGCUAGUGAUUCAACAGAGUUGGAGUGAUUAGAGAGAGCUUGUGGUGGGCCUCGCCACCACCUGCAUUAUCUGCACUAUCGGUAUUAUAGGCUGAUCUAUAUGAUAGCACUCCAGGGACAUGGUUUUAGGAUGCAAAUAAAAAUGUAAAUAUAGUUAUAAAAAAAAGCUGAGUAAGUGUUUAACAAUUACAUUUACUAAAGUCGGUUGUGUGUGCCGAAACCAACGUUCGGGCCAGCCUGUAAAUAAAGAGGGCCCGCCAAGAUGUUAUUGUGUAAAGGAAGUGGUGGGUGGGGUGACCAGACGACGACAGCAGAGUAUGGAGGUAGGUUUGGGUUUUUAUAGGCCGGAUUAACCCCCCACAACUCCAAGCUCUGCCUUCCCACUUGUGGUCAUGGAAAAGCUGAGUAAGUGUUAACCAUUAUAUUUACUACAGUCGGUUGUGGUGUGCCGAAACUGAUGUUCGGUCCGGGUGGUAAAUAAAGAGGGCAAGAAGAGAUUUAACAAUGCAAACUUGAAUACGUAUGAAAUCGUAAUAACAAUCAUGCAGAUAUGACAGUUUAAUUUAACUAGCUAACUCUUAAAAAGCUUGUCUUAGUUAUUUUUCCGGUUGUGGUAUGUACCGAUUGUAUGCAGACAAUUUCCAUCGUCCCAGUCUUUUGAUUUGUGUACUGGUACGUUUUGAUUUGAGGCAGCGCUGCCCCUAUCCAAAAUGAAUGGCCUGUAAAGUAAAUAGAGUUCUAACGUAUACCAUGAAUUUUGAUAAUGUCAGUGGGUUACCGUGUAAGCUCAGUAGGGGAGCGGUUUUGUCCUUACUAGGGAUCGACCGAUUAUCGGUCUGGCCGAUAUUUGGUAUUUUUGGCAAUAUCGGUAUCGGCCAAUUCAGAUACCGAUAUUGCCGAUAAUAUAUAACAGGACCGCCGGGCCCAUUACAAGCCCGGCGGUCCUGUGGGGGCCAGCAGCAAGCGCUGACUUACCUUGCAUGCAGCUCCUACAGCUCCCUGUGUAAAUCUCGCGAGACCCGCGGCCGCAGAGCGUUGCCACGGGUUACCAUGGCAACGCUCCGCGCGGCACUAAGAGCCGCGAGAUUUACACAGGGAGCUGUAGGAGCUGCUUGCAAGGUAAGUCAGCGCUUGCUGCUGCUGCUGAGCCACCACUGUACUUAGCAAGCCACUGGACCACCAGGGAAUACUAUAUCCCCCUCCCUGGUAAGAAGCAGGGAGGGGGGACUAAACAAAACAAAACCCAAACAUUUAAAUAUUAAAAAAAAUUACACAAAUUACAUCACUACACAAAACACACUGCACACAUACUGCAUUACAUACACACUACACAGACACACACACUGCAUUACAUACACACUACACAGACACACACACUGCAUUACACACACACUGCAUUACAUACACACUACACAGACACACACUGCAUUACAUACACACUACACAGACACACGCACUGCAUUACAUACACACUACACAGACACACACUGGGGGGGGACUAAACAAAAAAAACAUUUAAAUAUUAAAAAAAAUAUUCAAAUAAAAAAUUACACAAAUUACAUCACUACACAAACACACACUGCACACAUACUGCAUUACAUACACACAUACUGCAUUACAUACACACUACACAUACACACACUACACACAUACUGCAUUACAGACACACACACUGCAUUACAUACACACACUACACAAACACACUGCACACACACUGCAUUACAUACACACUACAUUACAUACACACUACAUUACAUACACACUACAUUACAUACACACACUACACAAACACACUGCACACACACUGCAUUACAUACACACUGCAUUACAUACACACUACAUUACAUACACACUACACAAACACACACUGCAUUACAUACAUACAAACACACACUACACAAACACACAUUGCAUUACAUACACACAUAUACACACUACACAAACACACACUCUGCAUCCACUACACACACACACUACACAAACACACACAGUUCCCCUGUCUAAACACACUUCAUCCACUACAUGUGGCAUAUAUAUUUUGUGCGUUUACCUUUCGAAUUAGUUUAUUUAUUCAAAAUAGUAAAUGUACAGAAUAUCGGCAAGAUAUCGGCUAUCGGCCUGAAAGUUCGCAGAUUAUCGGUAUCGGCUCUAAAAAAUCAAUAUCGGUCAAUCCCUAGUCCUUACCUAUGAUGGUCGGAUGCAAGUGGUCGAGCAACUGAACUGGGCACCAUUUGUUACCUGUGGGGAAUAGUUGUCUGUCUACAGGCGGUCCCAUAUUUUUUUGAUUGGUGUAUUGUCAACACAUAGUGGUCCUCUACUUUGUUCAGGUCUGCUAUUUUGAGCAUGUUGGUAGUAUUGUUUGUAUUUUCUACUGUAAAUUCAUUAGGCUGUAGAAGGCCAAUAAUUUAGGGGUUUUGAUAGUAUUGUUUGUUUCGAACGGUUGCGUGUUCAAUACAUCAGAUAAUGCUCUAAACUUUUUAUCGUCUAUUGGUUAUCGUUUCAUGGGUUUGUGACCUAAUUGUAGGUUGUCUUUUAAAUUGUUCUUUUUUGGGUUUGAUGACAUAAAAGUACUGUGACUGGAGUAUUUUUUUUUUUUAAGAUCUGGUAUUGUAUGCCUGUUAUAGUUUUAUCGUAUUAUGUGCAGUUUUAGAUUUAGGUGGCAAAAAGAGGUAAAUGCCACCAUAGUAUCUAAUGUCAACGGGUUUUUGAUUCGAUAUUCGGUGAUGAAUCUGUUGAAUAUGAUGAGCACGGCUGUAUGAAUGUCUGGUAUUAGCUGAAGUGCUGUUUGUGCCAGCAUUCUCCAGUGUGCCAUUAGUAUUGCUAGUCCAGAAUGAGUUCCUGGAAUAGCAGUGGUCUGUUUGGGAUUCUCUUGGCUGUGGGAUGUUCUUGGAAGAAAACAUGUAGGUUGGAACGAGAGAGGGCAUCAGCUGCUGUUGAUUACCUGGUGUAUGUUCACAGAUCAGGAGAAAGUGUUGGGUUGCUGCCAACCACGUGAGUCUCUUGACGAGACUUAUGAUUGUCAGGGAAGAGUAUCUGCCUUUGUUAAUUUGCAUGCUGCCGUGUUGCCUGUGAAGCAUUUUAUGGUUGUUCCCUUCCACUGUUAAGUGGAUUGUGUUAACACUUACAUUAUCGGGUAGAUUUCGAACAGGGCAGAGGCACUGUUGAAUGAUGGCAGAGUUGCUGUCUCUAUAAAUAAAUGGUAUGUGUUUGUGGGGAAGUUUCAAUAACGAACCGUCUAAACUACUCCAAAUUGGAACAUGGACACAGCGUAAAACUUCAAAGUUAGAAAAAAACUGGCUGCGUCUCAAAUGCAAUCCCUUCAACAUCCACACAUACCUGGCAAAGGUACAUACGGGGUUAUUGCUGUACUCAGCCGACAUAGCUGAGCAACAUAUGAAGUAUUAUACAGUCAUAGCACACAUAAGGUUAGCAAAAUAUAUUGCGCAAACUCACUUUGCAUGUCAAAAAGGCCGAAAAAACGCUUAUUACCACUACACUUAGUACAAGCUAGCGUAAAAAUGAUCCCACGCUAAGGUUCAAAAUAUGCCUUUUGAAAUACCCUGGGAUGUCUUCUUUAAGAAAUGGUAGGCCUUUGUGGGGUAGUUUGAAUUUAAACCCUGCUAAGAUGCUUGGAAAUUGCGCAUAGGCCCAGCGUCAAAGUUCGGUAAAAACUGAUGGCUUGGUCUCCUAUAUGGCACUGUAGCUUCACGAAAUAGUGCCAAAGACAUUCAUUGGGGGUGUCUUUUUACUCAGAAGACUUAGCCAAGCAUAAUUUGGGGGGUUUGAACUUAGUGGCACAUGUGAAAUAUACAAAAUGCCCAGAAAAAAUGCAAUCCAUGUGUAAAAGAUGCACAAAAUUAUUUUUUAUCACAUACUUUGGCAUAUAUUGGUGAAAAAAUGGGGGCAUGUUAAGGCACAAUAUGCACCUUAUGAGAUACCCUUGAGUGUCAACUUUUACAAGUAGUAGGCCUUUGAGGGCUUUUUUGAACAGUUACACUGGUAUAAUCCCCAAAUGGAAGCAUAGGCUCAUUAAAUCCAUCUCAAAAUUCUACUGUGAAUAUUGAAAAGAACAGGCCUCCUAUAUGGCACUGUAACUUCACAAAAUAGUGCCAAAGACAUACAAUGGGGGUGUCAUUUUACUCAGCAGAUGUAACUGAACACAAAAUAAAACUUUGUACAGGAAUAGCACACACCAACUUUACAAAAUACACAUGAGCAUUUCUUUGUUAUAAGUUCGUGUGCCAAAAACCCCACACUUUUACUCCAAUAUUUAGCAGAGGUUGGCGGUGAAGUGGCUACAUAGAAAGUGUCAAAACAACCCUAGGUAAAUAGCCUGUGAUGUAUACUUUAUAUAAAUAUAAACUUUUGUGUGGCAAUUUUUUCUUUUAUGGCUAUUAAGCUUACAAGACAAACAUACCAAAUUCUAAAAUUGCUCCACAUUAAAGGUUUAUUUUACUCCUUGUGCUUUGUGACCUGUAACUACCAAAAAAAACCUUAAAAUCUCAGACACAUUAUAUAUUCUGUAAAUCAGAACUAAAUGAAUUUAUUUUUAAUUACUUUCCUUAACCUGCACUAAUUAUGCACACAUUAUUGCAAAAACUGUAAAAAAAAAAAAAAUGAAAACCCACUAACUUUCAUAUUUUUUUUGCCUUUUUCUGUAUUUUUUUAAGCAUGUGUGUGUGUGUGUGUGUGUGUGUGUGUGUGUAUAUAUAUAUAUAUAUAUAUAUAUAUAUGUAUAUGUGUGUGUGUGUAUAUGUAUAUAUAUGUGUGUGUGUGACAUCAAAUUAAAGCCCUUUCUGUCCUUUAAAAAACGAUAUAUAAUAUGUGUCGGUGCAAUAAAUUAGUAAAAUGCAAAUUGCAGUUGAACGCAAACAGGAAAAAAAUGCUGUUGUCAGUAAGUGAAAGACAAGCUUCUGAAGCUCUGUCCUUAAGGGGUUAAUUCAUAUGGAAGCAAUAACAGUGUACUUUUGUUUUGUUUUUUGGCUUCAUUUUUCUUAAAUCAUCACCGUGUCAUGUGUUGUUGUUCAUCUGAGGUUGUAUUUAUUUUAAGACCUGCUAAGAAAUAAAUGAUUAUUAUUGUUAUUCCUGAUAUGUAAAAUAAUAGAAUUCAGUGUGUGUAUCUAUAUAUCAUAACUUAAACGUUUUUCUUUCUCUUUUUUUUUUUUUUUUCCCCUUACAGUCACUUGCUGGCAGAAUAUCAACAGAAGUGUGAUGAUAUCCUUUACAAAAUAUUUAAAAUUCAUUUUUAAUUUUUACUGUGCACAUGGUUGUUAAUGGUUCAGACACACUCAAAUUAGUGGCAAAAAAUAUAUAUUUAUUAAAAGAUGUGUAUCUGUACACCACUCUGAAUUAUAUAGCCUGCAUAUUUCUUUGUAUUGACGAGUGUCAUUUUUAAAUUCUAUGUAUGCGUGUUUGUUUUUACAAAAAUUCUUUCAUGUUACUUUUUUCCUUUACUAAAAAAAUACAGCUUCAGUUUACAGAAAGGUUAGUCUUUAUUUCCUUUGUUUGGUGGGGAUGGAGUUUGGAUGUGAUUUUGUUUUAAUAAAAAAAAAAAAAAGUUUUUUACAUUUUAGUUCUUGUAUGUCUGGGUUCUAAUCUUUGAAUAUUUCACUAUAGUAUGAAUAUUUUAACCCAUUUCAUCCUGUCAUGUAAUUUCCUAUAUAUUUUAAGAAGAUCUUUAUAUCUGAAUUGAAAAUUUAGUUAAUAAAGAAAGCUCUUGUUUUGUUUAUUCUGUUAGUUUAUAUUUCAUGAUUUGGAUAAUAAAAACAAUGUUCUUUUAGAGAGAAUGACACCCUAAGAUGUCAACUGGAACAAAUGUUGCAAAAAAUUACACCUCAAGAAAAAAACCUGGAAGAGUUGAAAUACCUAAAAGCAGAGUUAGAAGAGAAGACGGUAAUUUUGUAAAAAUGUUUUUGGUUUUUUUAAUAGAUGAUACGGUGGUUUGGUUUCAGUAUGCCAAUGAUGAAAAAACAAAGACAAUGUUGUGUUUUUACACAUACAAAAAAGUAAACAUUUUAAAGGUGCUCCAGAACCAGUACCGCUUAUUAUACAGUUUUUAGUGCAGAGAGUCUGUGGAUUCACCCUGUUUUGUUUCAAACCAUUUUUGCACAGAUUGAGAUAAAGCUCUCCUAGCAACUAAAGCACAGUAAUGCUCCAUGGCUAAUGUGAGUGUUAACUACCAUAUUGGCUGUCUCACUGCCGUCCAAAGCUUGACAGAGGGCUGGGGUAGGGAACUUCUAGAACUCUUAGCUUAUCACUGCUAGUAACUCCCACAAGACAUGGGCUGAGUAAUUCUGUAUGUUGGCAUCAUGGGGGUUGUAUGUUGUAUCAAGGCAAUUGUUUAAUUUACAAUCGGGCCUGGUCACAUGGGAUAUAAUGGAUGCAGGGUAUUCUAAAUGCCCAUGGACACAACUUUAUAGUGGCUCAUGCAUUGUGGGACGUGUGGGAAGGCGGUGAGUAAUGCCUUAAUAUAUCGUAAAGUAUUAAUUUUGAUAUAUUCUUUGACUAGAUGUUAUUAGUUAUAGUGAACACCUCAAAACAAACUUCUUUUCUGCACUGUGAUAUGGAAAUAUUAUGGUUUUGAGAAGAAAACAAGAAAACGCUCUUUUGAUCUUCUCAUUAAUCAUAGUGGGUUGGCCACUAAGCAAAUUUAUGCAACUCACAGCUAACUUUCACAUUAUAAUGCAUUUUAUUAUUGUAAUCGCAUUUUCUUGGUCGGAAUGUUUGAUUUUAAUGUUUGUUUUUUGGUUUGUUUUAUUUGUCAGUCUUCUCUCAAGAUUUACCAGCAAACACAACUGGAAUAUAACCGCAUCAAAGAAGAAUGUGUGAAAAAUGACGUAGCGUAAGUGACAGUUUGAGUGAAAAUGAUUACAACUUGACAUUGUUAUUGUAGCCCCUUAAAGGACCACUCUAGGCACCCAGACCACUUCAGCUUAAUGAAGUGGUCUGGGUGCCAGGUCAUUCUAGGGUUUUUUUUUUUUAUAAACCUAGCUCUUUCAGAGAAACUGCUAUGUUUAGAAUAGGGUUAAUCCAGCCUAUAAAGCCUCUAGUGGCUGUCUCAUUGACAGCCGCUAGAGGCGUUUGCGUGCUUCUCACUGUGAAAAUCACAGUGAGAAGACUCAAGCGUCCAUAGGAAAGCAUUAUGAAUGCUUUCCUAUGAGACAGGUUGCAUGCGCAUUCAGCCAAAGAGGAGGAGAGCUCCCCGCCCGGCGCUGGAAAAAAGGUAAGAUUUAACCCUUUACUCGACAUCCAGCCUGGCGAGAGUGGGACCCUGAGGGUGGGGGCACCCUUAGGGCACUAUAGUGCCAGGAAAACGAGUGUGUUUUCCUGGCACUAUAGUGGUCCUUUAAAGGUGUCCUGUUAAAUACCCUUGGUUUUUACAAAUACAAUUAAAUCUUUAAAAUUGUGAAGAAAUAUAUAUUGUGUAAGUUGAAACAAUGGCAACAAAUUCACCUAUGGAAAAAUCACACUAUUUCCCCCCCUCCCUCCCCCUCACAUUUCCUUGAGCCUAUAUGAACUGGCUCAAAUUAAAACCGCUUUUGUCUGAGGAUCCACCAGUGCUCUGGAAACAAUGCUUCACCGGUCCUCCAAAGAAAGUAGAAAUGCACAAAAAUUAUACAAUGAUAUUUUUUUUGUUUUUCAAAUACAAUUUAAUCAAAUCUUGCAUAUAAGUAAGAAGACCUAUUUUCCAAAUAGCAAGCAGCAUUGGUAAAAACUGCAAUGGCACAAUGCGUUUUUGACAUUUUUUUCCUCAGGUCAUUCUUCAUGAACGCUGUCCCUUGUUCUAUCUAUCUAUUUAGCAAUAUAUCUAUAUCCCGGUCUGUCAGCCGAGUUUAGCGUAACUGUAUACAUCCCAUUCUAAAGCAUUUAAAUUCAUAUCGGACCACAAAGAACCGUCAUAUUUCUGUAGUUUUUCUUAUGUUCAAAUUCCAUCUCAUUAUAUAAAAACCGUAUUUAAUAUAAUUGUUUGGAUAUACACAUAACAUAAGGCAGUGAAAAAUCUAUAAAUCAGAAAAAUUAAUUCUCCAUGAUUAACCAUAUAUAAUCAAAAAUUGCUAAAACAUUAUUCAAUGUUCCGUUUAAACCAAGGACUAUUGACAAAAAGUUUCAUUGAAAAAAAAUAUAUAUAUUAAAAUUGCCUUUAAUUAUUUUUUAAUGUAAAUAAGGGCUUUUACAAUUGUGGUUAUUGGUUUGCCUGUAAAUAAUCAAAGCUAACUAAAAUAUAGUAAUUUAAAUCCACAGUAACAAACUUUUUUGGGAAUCCUGAAUAAUGGGCAAUAGCGAUAAUGUAAUUUACCUUCUCACUUGCCCAUGUAAGAUGCAAUAUAUAGGUAGGACUUCCAAAAUUAGGAUAAAUGAACAUACUAGAAAUAUGUUUAGAGUACAAAGAGUAUUUUUAAUUUCAUUCUCAGCGAUUGGUUAAGUUGGCAUUUUCCUCUCUUCAGGUGUAGGUUUUGGGAUAUUGACUUAGUGUUGAGCGGUUUGUAUUCUGGUCCAUUUUGUCAAAUGUUCUGUGAUCAUUUUUCAAUUCCUCAGCCAACCAUAAUGGUCAUAUUUGUCCUCUCUGUCAGGAAUCAAAACAUUUUUCAAAGCAAGUUUACUCCGCUUAGGUGUACUAUUGGGUAUAUUUGUCUUUCUGUGAAACUUGCAGGUAGUCUGGAUACAUCAGAGGGGAAAAAAAAUCUUCGAGAAAGUUCUAUAUUUUGCAUCAACUGAGAUGAGUAAUUUGGAAUCUGGUGAUUCAAGGAAAAAAAUCAUUGUGAGGGAGCUAACACUUUGGUUUUAUCUGUGACUUUCGGAAAGCAAAAUUUCACUACCUUGAGAUAUAUUGAAGGGCACUGUAACUCCAGAAAAAUUCUGUGCACUCUUUCUAUUUAGAGUGAAAGUUUUUUUUUUUUCUGGUAGUCUGUUUGUGGCAACCAUUUCUUCUUUCUGUUUAUUACUGUAGUUAAGCAAGCAGUUUGUAGUAACACUGACACUAGAGACUGCGGAAUAUUUGAAAGUUGAACAUCCAGUUAAGCCUAUUUUCAUCACUUACCUUGAGUACACAUACACAAUAUUCCACCUUUUGGCAGAUC